CGGUGACCGGUGCCGGAAGUGGCGCUGCGUUGGGAUGGUAACCCACCGGGCGGGGGCCGUGAGAGCUGUCAGUCGGUGCUGGCGGCUCGGUGUGUGGGCUCAGUCCGUCCGUCUGCUGCGGCCUCCGGCCGGUGAGCCCUGGGCUUGGUUGGUCCUCGCCGUCUGAAGGAUGAACAAGCAGGAGAUGGCGGACGAGGCUCUCUUCCAGCUGCUUCACACCGAGAUGGUUUCCUACGUUUACAAGUGGGCGGAGCAGGGAGAGAUGGAAAGUGGGAGAUGCGUCACCAAGCUGGAAAACAUGGGAUUCCGAGUAGGUCAAGGACUAAUAGAAAGAUUUACUAAAGAUACUGCACGAUUCAAGGAUGAAUUGGAUGUUAUGAAGUUCAUUUGUAAAGACUUCUGGACGAGUGUAUUUAAAAAACAGAUCGACAAUCUUCGGACCAACCACCAGGGUAUUUAUGUGCUUCAAGACAACAAGUUCCGCCUCUUGACUCAGCUCUCUGCAGGGAAGCAAUAUCUGGAGCAUGCACCCAAGUAUUUGGCAUUUACAUGUGGGUUGGUUCGAGGUGCCUUAUCGAACUUGGGAAUUAAAAGUAUUGUCACAGUAGAAGUUACUACAAUGCCGGCAUGCAAAUUCCAAGUAAUGAUACAAAAGAUGUAGAAGUUAUUUUCACAGGUGCUGUUAUUGUUGGAAAAAAACAUUAUUUAAAACUGGAAGUGUUAUUUCAUUCUGUAAAAGCAUUGUGAUAUGUUUUGUUUACAUGUCUUUUUAGCUAUGUAUAUAAAGUUUUGGCAUUAAAAAUGACUUUCAUAAUACAAUUAUCACAGUGAUGCUAACUGGCAGAAUAAAAAAUCCACUUCAAAUUAGGCUAAUGGAAUUUGACUCCUGGUAAUGUAUUGUAAGUGUUAUCAUUGAAGUGGAGUUCUUUACUGUUUCAACUGAUUUAAGGAAAUUUUUUUUCUUUUUAAACUCCAAUUAUGACUUGUGUGCUGUAAUUCAGGAUAAAAUGCUGGAAACGAGUGUGUUCUGCUGGUGUUCUAGGUCUCUGUAAUUUAAAUGUAUUUGUUGCUUAUUUUCAUAGUAUUUUCUAUUUUUGUGACUGAGGACACUGAUUUAACAUCUGUGCAUUUGUUACACUUUUAACAGUAAAGACAGCUUGUGUAUUGAAAAAGUUGAAUGGUUUUAUGUUCACCUCAUUGUAAAAUGAGUGCAAAUAAAGAAUGUUGGUAAUAGCAUUACCAUUGUAACUUGUGCAUUGAGACUAUAUUGGCCUUAAUAUGGUUUCCAUGUACAAUUUGUCAAACUAGAAUUUACUACCUAUGCCAGUAUUAUUGCAUUUUUCAUGAUUUGUAUUCAACAGGAACAAGGUGUUUGACUUAACUAUGAAUGUUGGAGAAAUGAUCAAAAUUGACCAGAGUAAAUUAUUCCACGAAAAAUUUAAGAUCCAAAAACUGGGCAUUAGGGGGAAAGAAUGAUUAUGGUUAUCUAUUGUAAUUAUUUGUUGCAUAGACCUGCAUUAGAACAUGUGACCAUGAAUGUUUUGUUUUAGGUGCAAGUCUGUUCUGCCUCUCAACAAAAUCAUAGCUGAUCUGUGACCUAAUUCCAGAUACAUGACUUUGUUCUAUCUCCUUUAAUAACUUUGAUUAACUAAGCUUCUAAUUCAAAUACCUACCCAUUAUCCCUUCCAGUCAGCUAUUUAAUGCAUUUUAAAACUUCAUUGCUGUUAGCUGGAGACUUGUACAUAACUCCCACUAGUUAUGAAUCCCAUUUUGGAUCUCUAUGCUGCUGAGUCUGCUGCCUGAUUGCCUUGUUAUAUCCUCAUUUUGAAAUGAUUCCAACCUUGGGCUUUUUGUUUUUUUUUAAACAUUAACUCUACACUGUUAACCUAAAACUUAUAAGGUUUGUUCUUGCUGUUUACAUAAGGAAGAAUUAUGUAGGUCACACUCUACUUUGUCCUUCUGCUGUACUGUUUUUACUCAUUUAAAUCACCUUACAUCAUAGCUUUCACUUUACCAGUAGUGUCUAAAGCAUUAAUUAUAUUACUUCAUGCUUCUAUUUUGUUUGAUUUGGACCUAAUUACAUCAACUUUUUCCAUUUGCCUCUUCCAUCCCAUUUACUAGUUUAAAUUACUUGUGAAUAGUUUCAACCUACUUAAAGACUGUCCCAACAGUCAUGAAUCUUAUUGUCCCUAUGUUGCUGUCAGUGUCCCAUUGACUCAAUAAUAAAAAUGAGAUGGAGAACAAAGAUGUGUGGAAUGUAGGCCAACUUAUGCACCUACAUCUUAGACGUAUAACCUACUCUGCCAUGUCAUGGACCAUAGUGUAUGUUUUUUUUAAAAGCAUGGAAACAGACAAUAUUGCCUUAAAUUUCUGCAAAUUUACAUAGAAGGCAAAAUAAACUCCCUUCUCCCUCUGCAGGUUUCCAUGUAACAAAUGUCCAUUAGCAGAUAACUAUUUGGUACCUCUUUGGUGUUUAAAGUGCUCAUUGCUAUUUAGGCAAUCACUGUCAACUAACUUGUUUUUUAAAUAAAAUUCAAAACUAAAAUUCUAAAUGUUAAACAAUUUCAUUUAUCUUUUUGUCUACUAAAGAGAAUGCCACACAAAUUCCCCAAUUUAUAUAAUUUAUCACAACUAUGACCAGGCAAAUAUUUCAUGUACAGGAUUAAUUAAAACUUUCUAACUUCAAUGCUAAGUUCAGCUGUAGAUACUGUACCAACCUCUACUGAAUUCCAUAAUAGAUUCUGGUAUGUCUUGCCUUGGUCUAAUAAACUAUUGUUUUUCCAGCAUCCAAGUUUUAUUUGGAUUUUAGUUCUGUUCACUUGAUGCAAGAGACAAUGUUUUUGGAAAAAGGAUUUGCAUUCUGUUACAGAAUUCUAAUGUGUCUGUGUAGUUGUACUUGUCCUAACCACAUGCAACUUGCUCUAUACUUAUACUGGAUGUGUUCAUGAUCUUUGUUUUGGGGGAAAAAAUAAAAACAGGAUAUGUUUAGGUAUGAGAGUCAGGAAGCAUUGCAACAAAUUUGUUUCAAAAUAAAAGUUUGGUUAAAAUACCCUAAAAUGUUUCAAAGUAUUGUAAUUGUAUAGAAAAAAAUCACUGCA